AUGGAAUCCUCCAGUUUGAGUCGAUCGCUCUCCCGUUUGACUAUUACGAGUGGGCCAGAAAGCGACAAACGCCCCAACAAGCCUAUCUCUCACGACCACCCGGUCCGCGAGGCUCCGGAAUACCGAUUUGCUAACAUGACCGCCAUUAGCGUUGACAGUGCGGUAUGCACGCUGCACCUGGCAGAUAAAUUGAAAGAGGCCGCGGUCGUCGUGCGGGACUUCUUGCGACGUGAACCGAAUCAUCGGGUGCUACAGUACAGGCAUGCGUGCUUGUUGAAAGAGCUGGGUGCCUACGCUGACGCCCGCAUGGCUUACGAGAGGUUUCGUGCUCUAUCCGUCACGGUCCCGGUUGGGGUGAUGCUUGACAUCGCUGAGUGCUUUCUGCACGAACACGAUUACGCCAAUGCUGUAACAACACUCAACGAAGCCUGUCUCAAUGAGCGCAGGGGUCUGAUCAUUGCGAGUCAGGCUCUGCGCUUCUUGGGACGUCCGGCAGAGGCAGAGGCGUACUGCUUGCACUUGCGGACCCGCGACGGCUUGUCUUCAGAUGAAGAAGUCGCCGAGUAUGGGUUGGCGCUUUUUCAGCAAGGCAGGGAUGAAGAAGCGUUGUCCUGUUUACGCGGACAUCCGGAGGUUGACCAGCUGGCCGUGCUCCUCUGCAACUUGGGUCAGCACGAAGAAAACAUCAAAACGUACAACUGCGCAUCCGUUGCCGAACAUCCCGGUUUGGCGCGUUGGCUGGCCAUCAGUCAUGCUGCCCUGAGGAACUGGCCCGACGCAGAGCUGUUCGCACGGGUGGGACUUGAUGGAAAUCCGGAAGACCAAGAACUUUGGAGCCUCUUGCAAACGGCGUUGGCCAAGCAGAAUGCCGGGGCGGGCGAUGCUGAAGCACGCAUGCGUGCGCACCUAGCGCACCUCCACGCCAGCGAAGCACUAGAAGAUUACCUCAUGGCGCUGGCCAAGCGCGCUGGCGCAGCCAAACCAUCCUGGGAUUUUGUGUUAGCGUAUGCCGCCUAUCAUGGUGCCCGUCAAGCGCUCCCCCUCUAUGAGGAACAUUUCAGUGGGACCACUGAUGCCGGGUAUCUGCUGCAUAUGGGCGAGCGCUUGAUAGACUGGAGUGUGUUUCAUGUUGGCGCACCCAUGGUGUCCCUUGACACAAUGCGCGAUAUUGUUGACGGCGCUGCGUUGCUUAGAGCCGCGGCGACCAAGGCGUUUCUAGGCCCCCGCAGUCAGGUGCGCCGUGCGCGUCUUGGGGAUCUUUUACAGACGUUGGAUGCCCAUGGGGCGAUGUUGGAACAAUUUCGCAUCUUGACGACGCCGGUCCCCGACGACGCAGGCUGCGCGGAGCACCUUGUCGCCGGCGCGCGAAUCAGUGCCUACUAUCGAGAUUACAGCGCAAUGUGGGACUGUCUCGAGGCCGCGAAGGACUUGGGUGCCAAUUUCGCCCUCCUCGUGGAACUCGGCAUGCCUGAUGCGGCCCCCCGAGCACGCCACCCAGACGAGCAAAAGGUCCUACACGUAGGACAGGCGUUGAUUGACGCGGGCUUGCCCAUCGAUGCCGGGAUUAUUGCGUCACUCUAUGCACGCGCCUGGAGGCACAGUGCCGAUCUUCAGGCUAUGGCGGCUCACGCCUAUUUCGCCGUGGGAGACUACGCCCUGGCACGAAAGCAUUUCAGGGCCCUGAAGGCCCUGCAAGGCCUGGCGUUUUCCAUCCAAGACGGCGGCAAACUGGCUGAGUGCCAUGUUGGUUUAGGGCAGUACCAGGAUGCCUACGAUGUCCUCGCAACCUAUCCCGGGGUGCUGGACCGCCGCGCUCUAUGGAUGAAGUUUAUCGCCUUAUGGGAGCUAGGUCGUGGAACGCUCGCAAAUCAGCCCAGUGCGGCUUGUGGUGAAUUAGAAGCGCAGGAGCACAAACGCAUCGCCGAUCUCUUGCGCGCGCACGGUCACGUUCGACAGGCUGAUAGGGAAAGCCAAUACGAACCCCGAAUAAAGGAUAUUAUCGAGGUGAGCCCCAGCGACAUGCCGCCCGUUGCGGAUUCUUGGCAAGUCAUGAUUGCGCGCUUGGAAGCAGAUGUCCAAUCCAACGCCGCCGCGCGCUGCUAUGUGCAAAAGUGUAUCCCAUUCCUCCAACGGAUCCCGCGUCUGCCGUCGUUCUUGUCGGCGUACACGCGGGCAAUGAUCACGAGGUCAUCCUAUGUGGAAUUGGACGGUGAGAUCACGGCCGUGAAUGGCCAAGAGGGCAAUGGUCGCAUGGUGGAGAUCGCCCUGAGCGUGGCACCUCCCACCCUCUCCUUGCUCAAUGCCGCCGUAUGGAAUACAAGCGAUGGUGCAAAGUAUGGCAAGAGAAUCGCUGACCGCCACGGCGACUUUGAACCACUGCUGGAACUUCAUCGCCAAAGUGUUUUUAGCAGGAAGGAAUACCUGGAGACAUUGCAAAUGGCCGCGCAGCGGUAUCCGGAUCGCUACAACCGUGCGCUCAAACAAGCCACCAAAGAGCAGAAAAAGGACGACAAAGAGAUGAGGAAGAUAGAAAGGGCUCUAGAGAAAAGCCGGAAAAAAGCAGAGUUGCAACGUCUUCGGCAUCCUUUACCAGGCAAUUAUCCCGAGAUGAUGACCCUGAGUGACCAUGCGACCACGGCCCAUAACAAUGAACGGUUUCUUGUAUAUGGUAGCGGCCGCCCCGGGUGA